AUGAAGGACCGACUGGCGCAGCUGAAGGAGAAGAGUGAUGCCGGAGGCGACGACAUUGAGGUUCCCGUGGACAACGAGGCUUUUAUGGAUGAUUUCUUUGCUCAGAUUGAAGAUAUCCGUACCAACAUUGACAAGAUUGAUGAGAGCGUCACAGAGAUAAAGAAACUGUACUCGAUCAUCUUGUCGGCCCCCACACCUGACCAGAAAACACAAGAUGACGUUGAAGCCCUCACCAAUGAGAUCAAGAAGUCAGCCAACAACGCAAGAAACAAACUUAAGGGUAUUGAGCGCCAGCUUGAGUCAAACACAGAUGAGAGGGCCUCAGCUGACCUCAGGAUACGCAAAUCACAGCAUGCUAUCCUGGCCAAGAAGUUUGUUGAGGUGAUGACAAAAUACAACGAGGCUCAAGUUGACUUCAGAGAUAAGAGCAAAGGACGAAUCGCCCGACAGCUGGAGAUCACGGGGAAAACAACAACUGAUGAGGAACUGGAAGAGAUGCUGGAGGGAGGCAACUCAGCUGUCUUCACUGCUGGGAUCAUGGACUCUAAGAUCAACCAGCAGGCCCUGAAUGAGAUUGAGGCUCGACACAAGGACAUCAUGAGGCUGGAAAGCAGCAUCAAAGAGCUCCAUGACAUGUUUGUCGAUAUCGCUAUGCUGGUUGAGAACCAGGGUGGCAUGAUUGACAGAAUUGAGAGCAACAUGGACCAGUCAGUGGGCUUCGUAGAGAGGGCGGUAGCCGACACCAAAAAGGCAGCCAAAUAUCAGCAGGAGGCGCGCAGGAAACAAAUGAUGAUCUUCUGCUGCUGUGUGAUUUUGGUCUUGAUCCUUGGUUCAUUUCUCUACAGCUUCAUUAAAUAGAAAACCUGAAUGAGGCCUCCCACCAGCUAAGUCCACACAGGUCAGGAUGAGGCAGUGCAGAACUGCUCUUAGAUGGUCACCAAAUAGAGCCUGGGCUCAGUUUACUGUCAUUUCAACUAACCCAAAUAGAAACAAAGGCUGUAUGCAAUUGCAUUCAUUCUCGGUUAUUUCUGAAGAACUUUCUUAACCUCCUCAGGGUGAUCGGCAUUUAAAUGCAGCUCCAAUGCAUAGUCUGGAUAGUUAAAGUUAUAUCCAAAUGGAGAUUUGAAGAAUAUCUACCCUCCUGUUCUGAAAGGUCUGCUGCACACAGAUUUCCACCAGCAUUCAUGGACAGCUGUGGAAGUCAUGGAGAACCACAUGAUGUUAGGGUUAAAAAAGAUUUAAACCAAAUGUUAGAAUAUUAGAGACACUUUCAAUCCAGUCCAAUACAAAGGCUCACCAAAAUAUUUACAAUUCAUAGUCUAGGAGCCAGAAAUAACCACAGCAAAUAUGGUGUCAAUCUGGCAGCUAGCCUGUCCACUUUUUACAUAUGAAAAAAAAAUGUGUUCAUUUGUAGACCAUGUGUAGCUUACUGAAAGGAAAGAUUCUUUACAUAGCUGUCAGACCUGAAUAAUUUCUUAAGGGAGCUUCAAGAGUUGUACUGCCCCAUAAACUGCUGCCUCAGAUGAUUCAAAUAACUGAAAGACACUGGUGAGUUGUCAGGAUCUGCCUUUACAAAUACAUUGAAACUGUAAAGAACCAAUGCGAUGGGAAUGUUGUCAUAGCCAAGAAACAACUGAAAAUGAUUUAUAAAUGAAUAAGAAUGCAUAGCAUAGCAGUGGCUGUAAACAUUUGAAUGAAGUGAAAGUGAAAGGGGCUCAGGCAGAUCAUCCUGUAGUGUGACUGCAUGAAUACCACACUGCCCAUCAUCAUGAUGCAUAGCUGUGCAGUCACUAUCCUAAGUAUCGACACAGCAGUUGUUAUUCUUUGUACAACUAUCUGUGUUUUUGUACAAUUUGUGUUUGGAUGUGGAAACCAUACUACUGUGCCGAUACUUACGCUAUCGACUGCAAUUGGCUCUUCCUGCUAGGACUCCAUAGUGGGUCUUUAUGCAAAAUUUCAUAUUUCAAUUUAAUGAAGGAAGAAAAUGACUUUCCUUAAAGAAAUC